UUCAAUUCGAUUCUUCCAUUACGCAAGAUGGCUGCGCCCGGCAGAAAAAUAGGCCGUCUGCUGUUUUGAUCAUCAAAAUAGUCGAUUUUAUAAAUUUUACAGAAGCGUUCGAGUGAAAAACUAAUUUUUGUGCUAUCAGGUACUACUUGUGGAUAACUCUAGCCAUGAAUCGGGUUCUGUACGUCCGAAAUCUGGGGAGAAUUUCCUUCUCGGAGGGCUUGAGAGUCCAGGAGCAACUUCAGCGGCAACACUUGGACGAGCUAGCCGGAAAAACGAAAGAUCCAGCGAGAGACACUCUGCUCCUGUGUGAACAUUACCCGGUCUACACCACAGGGUACAGAACGGCACAGUAUCCGGCCGCAGAGGAAGACAGGCUGAGGAAAUUUGGGGCUGAGUUUCAUAGGACCAACCGAGGAGGGUUAAUAACCUACCAUGGCCCUGGGCAGCUGGUUGUGUACCCUGUACUGAACCUGGCACAUUUCAGGAAGUCGAUGAAGUGGUACAUCUGUCAGCUGGAGAAAAGCGUGAUCCGCACCUGUCAAUCAUUUGGUAUCCAGGCGCAGACGUCACCUGAUACAGGGGUGUGGGUCGGCGACAGGAAAAUCUGUGCUGUAGGUGUCCACGGCAGCAGGUUCGUCACCACCCACGGCCUCGCCCUGAACUGUAACCCCGACAUGACCUGGUUCCGACACAUCGUGCCCUGCGGGAUUGUGGGAAAGGGCGUGACCUCGCUCAGCAUGGAGCUCGGGCAGAACGUCAGAAUCCAAGACGCCGUCCCCACGAUGGUCACGUCAUUCGCUGAACAGUUCGACUGUUCCGAAGUUAGAGACUGGGACCAAAAUGUGCCAGUAGAGACCCAAAGUGAGGGAAGCAAGAUGCACUACUGGAUCUUGACAAAAGAGGGCACUUUUCAUCUAUACAUGUACUACUAGUAUUCAGUGCUCAGUAGCUCCUAACAGAGGAUGGGUGCAUUUUCAUUGUCUAUGUUAUGAGACAGAAGUUUGACAGUGGAACCAAAAUGUAGCCAGUAGAGAGCAACAGUGUGGGUGAAGCAAGAUGCAGUACUGGUUCUUGAUAAAAGAGGGCGCUUUUUUCAUGUAGUAUCUCCUUACAGAAGGAGACAGAGAGACAGAAGUUGACUCAAAAUGUGCCAGUAGAGACCUAAAGUGAGGGGGAAGCAAGAUGCAGUACUAGUUCUUGACAAAAGAGGGCACUUUUUAUCUAUCCUAUUCUGUGCUCAGUAGCUCCUAACAGAAGAAGGGUGCAUUUUCAUUGUCUUAUGAGACACAAGUUCGACACUGGGACACCAGAAUGUACAAGCAGAGAGCCAAAGUGAGGGUGCUUCAAGUUGCAGUACUAGUUCUUGAUAAAAGAGGGCGCUUUUCAUCUAUCCUAUUCUGUGCUCAGUAGCUCCUAACAGAAGAAGGGUGCAAUUUCAUUGUUGUAUCAUAUGAAAUGAAACAGUAGUCCAUACUUUGUAACUGGAAACAAUAAAGAUUGUAUCUAAUUA